AUGGAUGAAAUUACAAUAGCUCAUGCACUUUCCAACAGAAUCUCCAUUGAUGUUGAACGGAGCCUGAUACACCAGGAAAUGAUAACACCACCGCAUUCGACGACAUCGACCAAUUUCAGCAUCAACUCAAGAACGUCGGAGAUACUACGUAGGAGACGCGCAGGACGUGUCUUACCUCCACAGAAACCAAUACCAACUUGUCCUGUUCCACCCAUACCAUCGCAUCCAUAUGCCAACUCAACCACGAGCAAUUCAUUCGCAGGCUCCUCACCUGCUUCUUCACCAAGACCUGAUCAUCACUCGCACACGCUAGGCGCACCGAGCGUGUCGUCUGCGCAAUCCAUCUUUUACAUGCCCAACUUUGACGAAUGGUCGAUGAAGAGUCACCAACUCUCAAACAUGAGCAACAUGAGUGGACACCUUAGCAGUAAUGAAAGCACGCAUGAAGGCAGAGAAUCGAGACAAUCUUUCUCUAGAUUCUCCAAGCGUAAAUCGAAGGUCUUCUCAACGAGGAUACGGAAUUUCUUUAAGGAAUAA